AGUCAACGGUGUUAGCAUUGAAAAACGCACCUUGCAGGAGGUUAAAAAUAAGUGGAAGAAGUGUCAAUAUGCGUUGAAGGAAAAGGGACAGGGGGCUAUUGGGGACGACGCCGGAGAUAGCCCCUGGGAGGAUUUCGUGGGUAGGUUUUCCGGUUUGUUUACAUACGGUUGAGAACCACUGGAAUGUGACAAGUGACACGGCGCCAAGUUCAAAUUUGUUUGUAUACAGCGUGAACCGAUCAAAAAUUCAUGAAAAUUGAUUCAAAUGACUCAACGAUGCGUUAUUAUUUUUUAAUCUAUUAUUCAUCGAACUGCAUUAACAUUUGUCCUGCUGUCUUGCAACUUUCUUCACGUUUUAACGAUAAAUUUCCCCACAAAAUAAAAAAUACAGAACUCUGUAAUUCGUUUUCUUUUGAUUUGUUAUCAAUGCAGUAUAAUUCAAACAUGAGUCAUUGUCAUUAAACUUAUUUAUUUUAAACUAUUACUUACCUCAAAAAUGUGAAGAAAAUAUGUUAAAAAUACAGAAACCUGUAAUUUUCUUUUCUUUUCAAAUAUUUUUAACUGUACGUUUUUCACUUUCUAUGUUAAAAAUAUACUACAAACAGAGAGCAAUGCUAAAACAACGUGUAAAUAAAAAAAAAUAUAUAUGAAAAAUACAGGUUCCUGUAAUUUUUUUACUCCACAAGACAGUACAAUUUUGUCUUUUAUUUUUUUAAAACGUUUUACCGCCCAAAUUUUGACCACCCCCUGGCAAAGCCCCCCUCCCCGCGUAUACUCGCACCCUCCUGCACCCCUCCUUGCAGCCCCCCCUUCGCAAUGCGUCGCAACAACCGCCACCGCCGCCACCUUUACAACGCCUACGAUCUCGAAUUAAAAAAAUCCGUUGUGAUUUUCGCCGAAUCGAACGGUAACAAAGAGGCUCAAGCCCGUUACGGCAUCUCGGAGGCUAACAUUCGACGUUGGCGUCGUUUAAAAGACGAUCUUUUCGGACGACCACUCGAUUACGAUCGCGGUAAUUUACGCGUACGCAAACGAGUUAAUUACAAAAAAACGAAAAGUGAAAAAGAAGACGAUUGUAGUAGUGUAGAUUCGAUGCCGUUGCAAGAGAGAUUAUCAAAGAUGGCAGCACAGGAGAGAAUUGCUGGUCAAGUAUUGAAGAGUCAGCCACUUUCGCCGACGAAAUUAAAAGUGACGAGGCAAGGGCCGAGGAUUGUUAAACCACCAGAGCCGCCACAAUCGCCUGUUAAUGAAGAAAUGUGUCUGAGGUGGAAUAGUCAUCACUCGAAUAUGCAAACGGCCUUCCCUAGUAUCUUAUCUAAGGAACAAUACGUCGAUGUGACUUUAGCCGCUGAAGGAAAAACACUCAAAUGUCACAGGUUGAUCCUAUCAUCGUGUAGUCCAUAUUUUGAGGAGAUUUUGAGUGGGAUUAGUCCGUUCCAACACCCAGUACUCUUCAUGAAAGACAUCCCGUUUUGGAUUUUGAAAUCGCUGUGUGAUUUUAUGUACGCAGGGGAAGUCCAUAUUUUCCAAAACAAACUCGAGGAGUUACUAACUGUUGCCGAGGCACUUAAAAUUAAAGGUUUGGCUGGAAAAUCUACACCUCCUGAUCCCCAAUCCGAAAACAAAGAAACGAAAAAGAAAAACAGUCAAGGGAAACAUCACACACCACCUGUCAGAAAACAUCCGAUUUAUAAUCAAAACAGUUUCGAAUCGACUAGUCAGGAUUACGAUGAUGACUUACUAGAUCCAUUAGAUUUGUUAGAACCGUUAUAUGAAGAGGCAGCUGAGGAGAAAAAACCGGCGGUUACUAAACCAAAAGAGAACAAAUAUCAAUAUCAACCGGUUAAAAAACCGUUUGGGAGAAGAUUGAGGAAGAGAAAGUAUUCAGAACAGCAGAAUAGAGAACCGUCUCCUCCUCCCGUCUUCUCCUUCCGUAAAGGCACCCGUUCCCGUCCUAAUGUGAAAAUCCCCAAAUACUACCACCCCGAAUACACCAACCCUCCAAAACCGGCUCUCAAUUCCCAAACCGAUCCUCUUCUCGACGUUGACGAAAUCAAAACCGAACCGAUCGACGUCGAAGACAAUCUAAUCGAUUACAGCGACGAAGACCACUACUUGGAAAACUCCCUUGAAACGACCAAUUGCGACAGCCCCAUCAUCAUCACAAGCACUAAACCUAACCUUCCUGAUAAGUUCAAGAAAAUUAAAUUAACCAAACCGAUCAUAACGGAAGUGCAUUCGAUUGAAGAGCCGAAUCCACCAUCAGGUGGAUUGGAAGUGAUUAAAAUAACGGUACAACAGCCGGAGGAAAGUGGCAAAGAGACGGAGGAAGUGACUCCAGAACCAGAACCAGAAGCACUUAUAAUUCGAACGGAACCAGAACCUGAAGAAGCGAUCGAGCAGACGGAACCGGAACCUGAAGAACCACUCCAAGGAGUGGUGAUUGCAUGCACGGAAGGGGGAGUUGAAGAGACUGAAAAAAUGACUGUUGAAAAUGAAAGUAUUGAUGGUCAUGUGACCGAAAAUGGCGCCGGAGAAGAAGAAGAAGAAGAAGUUGAAAAACAAGAUGGCGAUAUUGUGGUUCCUGUUCAAAAUAUACAAAUUGAGAAUGUUAGAAGUGAAAGUAUGGAACAAGACCAAGAGGUGAAUCUUCAAGAAGAAGAAGAAAGAAGAACAGCAUCGUUGAAUCAUCUCGAAAAAGAAGCAAUGAGUGUUGCAGAUGCCAUCACAAUGGAAAGUCAAACCGAUCCACCCGAUAUUGAAGAAAAAGUGUAAAUAAUUAUAUAAUUGUCUAAGUAAGGGUUUUAAGCGUCUACAAUUUUGUAAAUAAGAUUUUGUUUUAUUUUAGUACAGAAACUUUUAUUGUUUUCUUCAAAAUAUUAAUUUUUUUUUAUAAUUGUAAUUAGCGUGUAAUAACAUGGAUAAUAAUUAAUUCGUACUUUGCUUACCUUUUCCUGUUGGAUAAUUAGUUUUUCUGCAGUUUGGACAAUAUGUGAUAAUGUGGAAUUUGGCACAAUAAACACGAUUUGAUAUU